AUGGAUACCCAGCACGAACUCAUAAUAGUAAAGGUAUGUGAAAUCUACGAAAAAAUCUCCAAAUUAGAAAAACUAAACCCCUCCAAACGUGUCAAUGACCUCUUUACCAAACUUGUAACGCUUUGCACUUCCCCUUGUGAAUUAGAUGUUACUCAACUGAGCCAAGAAGUUAGAGAAACUACGGCUAAACUCAUUAGACUUUGUGGGAAAGCCGAGGGACUUCUUGAAACCCAUUACUCAACUCUCAUAGGAUCACAUGAGAACCCCCUAAACCACAUGAAACUCUUCCCUUACUACUCCAACUACCUCAAACUCACCCACUUGGAAUUCACCAUGCUCACCAAACACUGCACCCAAGUCCCCACCCAACUCGCCUUUGUUGGCUCUGGUCCUCUUCCUCUUACCACGAUCAUGUUGGCGACCCAUUACCUUAAGCACACAUGCUUUCACAACUACGACAUGGAUCCAUUAGCAAAUGCCAAAGCCUAUGACUUGGUCUCAUCAGAUCCCGACUUGUCAAAAAGAUUGUUCUUCCACACUAGUGAUAUUGUGAAUGUGACAAGUGGUCUUAAGGAGUACAACGUUGUCUUUUUAGCAGCACUAGUGGGCAUGGACAAAAAGGAGAAAGCAAAAGUGAUCAAUCACUUGGCUAAACACAUGGGUCAUGGAGCAAUUCUGUUGCUGAGGAGUGCACAUGGAGCACGAGCUUUCCUCUAUCCUGUGGUUGAUGUUUCUGAUCUCAAAGGUUUUGAUGUUCUGUCGGUUUUUCACCCAACUGAUGAGGUCGUUAAUUCAGUUAUUGUUGCACGAAAGCGUUCGGUGAAUCAUGGGCUUUACCCACCAGUGCUGGCUAGCAAAUGCUCUGAAGUUGAAGGAUUUAACCCCUUAAAUCAUGGCAAUGUUAUUGAGGAGUUGACCGUUGACGAGCAGGCUUGA